AUGGGCCCUCGCUCAGUCGUGCGUCGAGCUCCGCAAGUCGACCCCUUCGCUGAUAUGGCCUUUUCCUCGUUCCUCCUCGCCUCUUCACCCACAGAGAAAUCGUCCACCUUCAAGUACGUGUUCCUACUCGGCGACAAGGACGCGUUCGCUCAUCCCGGCUCGGCGAUCCGCCGUGCACGGAGCCGCCUUAUGGGCGUCGGCGGCAACAAAAAGGGUCAUGACUAA